AACCCUUUUUCACUCUCCAAACUUUCACCAAACUCUUAGCCCCCGCCUCCCCGAAACCAAAACACAACAAGCUCUGGAGGCGCAGCGGGGCGGGCAAGCUCGCUGCAGCACCAAGCCUCGGGAGGCUGAUGCAACUUUCCCUUUAAGAAAGACACCUGGGCGCACAGCGGUGUGGACCCAGCACGCCUGGGCCGGGGGCUACAGCAUGCUCCUGAGGUUUGUGCUCUGAACGGUGCUGGAAGCAAAGCCCGUGUGUUCUGGGACUCCAGGGUGCCCAGCCGACUGCCACCAUGGUAGGAAAAGGUGCCAAAGGGAUGUUGAAUGGUGCUGUGCCCAGCGAGGCCACCAAGAGGGACCAGAAACUCACACGGGGCAACUGGGGCAACCAGAUCGAGUUUGUACUGACGAGCGUGGGCUAUGCCGUAGGCCUGGGCAAUGUCUGGCGCUUUCCAUACCUCUGCUAUCGCAACGGGGGAGGAGCCUUCAUGUUCCCCUACUUCAUCAUGCUAAUCUUCUGCGGGAUCCCACUCUUCUUCAUGGAGCUCUCCUUCGGCCAGUUUGCAAGCCAGGGCUGCCUGGGGGUCUGGAAGAUCAGUCCCAUGUUCAAAGGUGUGGGCUAUGGCAUGAUGGUGGUGUCCACGUAUAUUGGCAUCUAUUACAACGUGGUCAUCUCCAUCGCCUUCUACUACUUCUUCUCAUCCAUGACGCCUGUGCUGCCCUGGGCCUACUGCAAUAACCCCUGGAACACGCCCGACUGCGUUGGGGUGCUGGAUGCCUCCAACCUUACCAAUGGCUCCCAGCCUAAUGCCUUGUCUGGCAACCUCUCCCACCUGCUCAACCACACCCUGAAGAGGACCAGCCCCAGCGAGGAGUACUGGAGGCUUUAUGUGCUGAAGCUAUCUGACGACAUCGGGAACUUCGGGGAAGUGCGGCUUCCCCUCCUCGGCUGUCUUGGUGUCUCCUGGGUGGUCGUCUUCCUCUGCCUCAUCCGAGGGGUCAAGUCUUCAGGGAAAGUGGUGUACUUCACAGCCACAUUCCCCUAUGUGGUGCUGACCAUCUUGUUCGUCCGUGGAGUGACCCUGGAAGGAGCCUUCACAGGCAUCAUGUACUACCUGACUCCACAGUGGGACAAGAUCCUGGAGGCCAAGGUGUGGGGAGAUGCCGCCUCCCAGAUCUUCUACUCGCUGGGCUGCGCCUGGGGCGGCCUCAUCACCAUGGCCUCCUACAACAAGUUCCACAACAACUGUUAUCGGGACAGUGUCAUCAUCAGCAUUACCAACUGUGCCACCAGUGUCUAUGCUGGCUUCGUUAUCUUCUCCAUCCUUGGCUUCAUGGCUAAGCAUCUGGGGGUGGACGUGUCCCGGGUGGCCGACCACGGCCCUGGCCUGGCCUUUGUGGCCUACCCAGAGGCCCUCACACUGCUGCCCAUCUCCCCACUGUGGUCCCUGCUCUUCUUCUUCAUGCUCAUCUUGCUGGGGCUGGGCACUCAGUUCUGCCUCCUAGAGACACUAGUCACAGCCAUUGUGGAUGAGGUGGGGAAUGAGUGGAUCCUGCAGAAAAAGACCUAUGUGACCUUGGCCGUGGCUGUGGCUGGCUUCCUGCUGGGCAUCCCCCUGACCAGCCAGGCAGGCAUCUACUGGCUGCUGUUGAUGGACAAUUAUGCAGCCAGCUUCUCCUUGGUCGUGAUCUCCUGCAUCAUGUGUGUGUCCAUCAUGUACAUCUACGGGCACCGGAACUACUUCCAGGACAUUCAGAUGAUGCUGGGGUUCCCCCCGCCCCUCUUCUUCCAGAUUUGCUGGCGUUUUGUCUCUCCCGCCAUCAUCUUUUUCAUUCUCAUCUUCACGGUGAUCCAGUACCGACCAAUCACCUACAACCACUAUGAGUACCCAGGCUGGGCCGUGGCUGUCGGCUUCCUCAUGGCCUUGUCCUCAGUCAUCUGCAUCCCACUCUACGCCCUGUUUCAGCUCUGCCGCACAGAUGGGGACACCCUCCUACAGCGUUUGAAAAAUGCCACAAAGCCAAGCAGAGACUGGGGCCCUGCCCUCCUGGAGCACCAGACUGGGCGCUAUGCCCCCACCAUAGCCCCUUCUCCUGAAGACGGCUUUGAAGUCCAGCCACUGCACCCAGACAAGGCCCAGAUCCCCAUGGUCGGCAGUAAUGGCUCCAGCCACCUCCAAGACUCCCGGAUAUGAGCACAGUUGCCCAGGGAGUGGCCUUCCACCCUGUGCUCCCACCAGAGAAUGGGGAGGCAGUGGAUGGGGUGGCUACCUGCCCUCUGUCACACCCCAGCCAGGACAGCUGCUGUCACCCUGGCUACCACUGCUAGUGCAGUCAUUUGUGCUCGUGUCCCCAGUGUUUACAUGUCCUUUGGAUGCCAAGACAGCAGCUGGGCGAAGAGGCAGUGGGAGGACUGUAGGGGGCCAAAGCACUUUGGAGGGGUCUUGGGCUGGAUCCUGAGAGGUCGUCAGGCUUUCCUUGGCCUCUGAUAUCCUCGCACUCUGCCCUGAGUUGAGGUUCUGGGUUGGCCCCCGCCUGUUCUCUCCAUGGACCUCCGGCCUUGUGACCAGUGUUCCUGACCCCAGAAUAGACCCCAGCCUCUGCCCAGGAAAAUCUGGAUCCUACUCCCUGAGGCUGGGCGAGGGGCUGGGGAUGAGGCCAGUGUUACCUGCCAGGCUGUCCCACCAAGCCCUGUUUAUCUGUGUUAUUAUUUUUGUAAAAACUGUAUUAUCUGUGGUUGCCAGCCUGCCCCAGCUUCGGGUCCAGUCUGUCUUCCAGACCUGCCUGCACCUCACGUGGCUGCUCCAAGGUCUCUGCCCCUCAUUCCAACCCUGGCUAUCAGGCCCAGCCAGCAGAGGCUGUGAAGUCAGCAGCCAGCCCAAAGCACUUGUUUCUGGAGGGCAGAGGUAGAGGAUGCUCAGUGGGGGGGCUGAGCCCAUAGCCCUGAGGAAGGGGACCCUGCACGGCACCCCUUGCCCUCCCUCCACCAGGCUAAAGGCCUUGUGUUCCCACACGUGCUGCCCCUGUUCUUGUGCCAAAAGGCCCUAGGCCUUGUGACCCAGUUCCUCUCCAGAGCCAGAGCUCCAUCUCCCAAGUCCUGCAGUGUCUGUUUGUCCAUUCUCUGUGCCCUGCGUGCAGUGACAGCACUGGCUAAGCUGCCUCUAAUCCUCUGUAGCAAUAACGGUGCACCACCCUCCCUGUCCAUCCAUGCACCACUAGGAUUUUAAAGUCCAUAGAUUUUAAUGAAAUUUCUAUUCCUGUCUGAGCUGCUACUGUGCUUUGUCUGGGUCCCCUGGGGGACAAAAGUCAAGGCUGGGAUGGGACCUCUAUUGGCCAAGCCUUUGUGAUGGCCCAGGAGGAAAAAGGCUGAAGGCUUUGACAGAUAUCUGGCCAUUCAGCCCUAGACAUUCGGGACCAGCAAGGGGGUGGGGCAAGGGCCAGACAUCCAAACAGCCUUUAGGUUCUAGCGAGAGCUCAUACAGAGCAGGGCCAUGGCAGCUGAGGUGGCAGCAGCAGAUGG